AUGAGGUCGGCCCUGAGCCGCCUGAUCCGUUCCUCCUGCUCCGUCUCGCCCUCCCGUCUCAGCUCGCCAGUUCUGUUGAAGAACGGCAAGGCGUUCUCGAGCGAUGCCACGCCCAGGGAUUCCGGCCGGGUCGACGAGCCUUUCAAAGUCGAGGAGGCAGAACCCGUGAAGGUGCCGCCGCCGCCGCCUUCUCCUCAUAAGCUGCUUGUGCUAGGUGGAAGUGGUUUCGUUGGUUCACAUGUUUGCAAGGAGGCUUUGGAGAGAGGAUUUGUUGUCUCUAGUCUAAAUAGAUCUGGAAAGCCAUCGAUAAGUGAAUCUUGGGCUGACAAAGUUAUAUGGAAUCAAGGCAAUCUCCUUGAACCUGCUUCACUGGAGGAUAGUAUGGAUGGUGUCUCUGCUGUUGUAUCCUGUGUUGGAGGCUUUGGGUCAAAUUCUCAAAUGUUCAAACUGAAUGGGACUGCAAACAUCAAUGCCAUCAGGGUUGCAGCUGAGAAAGGCAUAAAAAGAUUUGUGUAUGUGUCAGCUGCAGACUUUGGUUUAGUGAAUUACUUAUUGCAAGGUUAUUAUGAGGGCAAGAGAGCUGCUGAAGCUGAACUGCUGUCGAAGUUUACCUAUGGAGGAGUGAUAUUGCGGCCUGGUUUUAUUCAUGGAACUCGUCGAGUGGGUAGUGUGAACAUACCCCUUGGACUUGUGGGUUCACCUAUGCAAAUGGUGCUCCAAAAUGCAAAACCACUAACCAGAUUGCCACUUGUUGGCCCGAUGCUAACUCCUCCAGUGAGUGCUACCUCGGUAGCGAAGGUCGCUGUAAGAGCAGCGACGGAUCCGGUGUUCCCUCCUGGUAUCGUUGAUGUGUAUGGCAUCAUGCGUUACAGCGAGCAGAAGUAA